AUGGAACGUCUGAAGCGGAAGCGAGGUGCGAUUCGAGCAGCUGCAACGAUACUUAUUGACGGAAUACAACAACUACUCGACGGACCACAUUCGCCCAGCCUCAGAGGUGAUCUUCAGGAGAAGCUAGAUCUCCUGAAAGUAAAAGAAACUGCGCUGGAGGAGCUGAAUCUCGCCAUUGAAGAAAUGGUAUUGGACGACAAAGUCUACGACGAAGAGAUUGCAGGCUCCCAGACAUACCAGGACAGGAUAUGCGUAGCGAAAUCCCGAGCUGUACAAAAACUGAACAUGGAAUACGGCCGAGAACUUGCUGACGGAUCGAGAAGACAUGGCCAAGGCGGGGGAGAUUACAGCACACUGGAGACUACAGGUAGCGGUACGAGAACCGUUACAGUGAAGCUACCGAAAUUGGAAAUCCCACGAUUUAACGGCGACCUCCGGAACUGGAAUAGUUUUUGGGACCAAUUUGAUUCUACGAUAAACAGCAAUCAGUCAAUUGCAAAGGUGGACAAGUUCAAGUAUCUGCGUAGCUACCUCACUGACAAAGCUGCAACGGCGGUGAGUGGACUGUCGCUGACUGCAGAGAACUAUGACAUCGUUUUGGACUUGUUGAAAGAAAGGUUCAGCAAGAAAAGUCUCAUCAUCGAUGCGCACAUGUCACGCCUGUUGACUCUGACUAAAGUCAGCGACUCCAGUCAAGUAAUGAAGCUCCGCGAGCUGUAUGACGCCGUCAUGACUGGUGUCCGCUCUCUUGAAGCUCUCGACGUUGCGCAAACGUCUUACGGUGUUCUCCUACUUUCUGCGCUAAGGAAGGCUGUUCCCAGCGACCUCAACCUUGAAUACGACCGGAAACACCUCGAUGGGGAAGAGGAUUUGACCUCGUAUUUAGAGUUCCUGAGAACUGAAGUAUCCAGUCGAGAGAGAGUUUACGACACGACCACAAAACCCGAAGGACGCAAGGGUAUGAUCGAGAAGCAGUGGCAGUGGCCACAGAAGCCUCCUCCGACCGGGGCUGCAUUGACUGUUGCUGCAGAGACAACAAAAUGCAUAUUUUGUGAAUCCAACGAACACACUUUGGAGAAUUGUGACGCUCCAAUUUCGAUUCAAGAGAAGAAAGGAAACUGA